AUGUUGCAUGAGGUACCACCCCCCUUCCCCCCUCUCUCCCUCCCUAGUGUGUUCUGUUCUGCUAGUCUGUUGCAGUCCCCUCCCAUCCCCCGGACUCAUCUCCUCUCUUGUUAUCACCAGCCGGCCGGAGUCGGAUCCCAUUGCAGCAACGAGCCCAGAGCAGCGCGAGGCGGCGACCGAUCUGGGCCGAAUCAGCCGGCGGGGGAGUCGUCGCGGCGGUCCAUGAGCGCUGACGCCGCGGGCACCAACAUCAUCAGCAGAAGAAGAAGCAGGCUGGGCGACGAAGCCAUGCCGACCCCGUCCUCCAACGCCCCCGACUCCUCGCCCUUCUCCAACGACGGCGGCGCCUCGCCGAGCGCCAUCGACCGCAUGCUCCGGGGCAGCGGCCGGCGCCACCACCUGCCCACGGCCGCGUCCCCCGACGCCAUGGACACGGACGUCGUGGAGCCCGCCGCGGCCUCCCUCGCCGACUGCGGCGCCCAGUCGCGCCCCGAGGGCGGCCCGCACGCCAGCAUGGACGACGCCGGCGGUGGCGGGUCGGGGGGCCACGCCCCGCGGCCGCCGCUCUCCGGUCCCCGCAGCGGGUUCCGCCGCCUCGGCCUCCGCGGCAUGAAGCAGCGCCUCCUCGUCGUGGCCAACCGCCUCCCCGUCUCCGCUAAUCGCCGCGGCGAGGAUCAGUGGUCCCUGGAGAUCAGCGCCGGUGGCCUCGUCAGCGCGCUCCUCGGUGUGAAGGAUGUCGACGCGAAGUGGAUUGGCUGGGCCGGUGUGAACGUCCCCGACGAGGUCGGCCAGCAGGCUCUCACCAAUGCACUCGCCGAGAAGAGAUGCAUACCAGUGUUCCUGGACGAGGAGAUCGUGCACCAGUACUACAACGGCUACUGCAACAACAUACUCUGGCCGCUCUUCCACUACCUGGGGCUGCCGCAGGAGGACAGGCUGGCAACCACGAGGAACUUCGAGUCGCAGUUCGACGCGUACAAGCGAGCCAACCAGAUGUUUGCUGAUGUCGUCUACGAGCACUACCAGGAAGGGGAUGUCAUCUGGUGCCAUGACUACCACCUCAUGUUCCUGCCCAGGUGCCUCAAGGAGCAUGACAUCAACAUGAAGGUCGGGUGGUUCCUGCACACGCCGUUCCCUUCCUCGGAGAUUUACCGCACCCUGCCAUCACGCUCGGAGCUGCUUCGCUCCGUGCUCUGCGCUGAUUUAGUCGGAUUUCAUACAUACGACUAUGCAAGGCAUUUCGUGAGCGCAUGUACCAGGAUACUCGGACUCGAGGGUACCCCUGAAGGUGUGGAGGACCAGGGAAAGUUAACACGGGUUGCAGCGUUUCCUAUUGGGAUAGACUCUGAUCGUUUCAAAAGGGCGUUGGACAUUGAUGCAGCAAAAAGACAUGUCAAUGAAUUGAAACAGCGAUUUGCGGGACGGAAGGUAAUGCUUGGUGUUGAUCGACUUGACAUGAUCAAAGGAAUUCCCCAAAAGAUUUUGGCCUUUGAAAAGUUUCUUGAGGAAAACCCUGAAUGGAUUGAUAAAGUGGUUCUGCUUCAAAUUGCUGUGCCAACUAGAACUGACGUCCCUGAGUAUCAGAAGCUUACAAGCCAAGUGCAUGAAAUUGUUGGGCGCAUAAAUGGACGAUUUGGAACAUUGUCUGCUGUUCCUAUUCAUCAUCUGGAUCGAUCUCUUGAUUUCCAUGCCUUGUGUGCUCUUUAUGCAGUCACUGAUGUGGCUCUUGUAACAUCACUGAGGGAUGGCAUGAAUCUUGUAAGCUACGAAUAUGUUGCAUGCCAGGGAUCAAAAAAAGGAGUUUUGAUAUUGAGUGAGUUUGCCGGUGCAGCACAAUCGCUUGGUGCUGGUGCCAUUCUUGUAAAUCCCUGGAAUAUUACAGAAGUUGCAGACUCAAUAAAACAUGCUUUAACAAUGACAUCUGAUGAGAGAGAGAAGCGGCACAGGCAUAACUACGCGCAUGUAACAACUCAUACCGCCCAAGAUUGGGCUGAAACUUUUGUAUGUGAGCUAAACGAUACAGUUGCUGAAGCUCUGAUGAGAACAAGACAAGUUCCUCCUGACCUUCCUAAUCGAACGGCCAUCCAGCAAUAUCUGCAGUCAAAAAAUCGUUUGCUCAUAUUGGGUUUCAAUUCAACAUUGACCGAGCCAGUUGAAUCCUCUGGGAGAAGGGGCGGUGAUCAAAUCAAGGAGAUGGAACUCAAGUUGCAUCCCGACUUAAAGGGUCCUUUGAGAGCCCUCUGCGAGGACGAGAGCACUACGGUUAUCGUUCUCAGCGGAAGCGACAGGAGUGUUCUUGAUGAAAAUUUCGGAGAAUUUAACUUGUGGCUGGCAGCAGAGCAUGGGAUGUUCUUACGCCCAACUGAUGGAGAAUGGAUGACAACAAUGCCUGAGCACCUGAACAUGGAUUGGGUCGACAGUGUAAAGCAUGUUUUUGAGUACUUCACAGAAAGAACCCCAAGAUCUCAUUUUGAACAUCGCGAAACAUCAUUUGUGUGGAACUACAAGUAUGCCGAUGUUGAGUUUGGGAGGCUCCAAGCAAGGGAUAUGCUGCAGCACUUGUGGACCGGUCCAAUCUCAAAUGCAGCUGUGGAUGUUGUUCAAGGGAGCCGGUCGGUUGAAGUUCGCUCUGUUGGAGUUACAAAGGGUGCUGCAAUUGAUCGUAUUCUAGGAGAGAUAGUUCACAGCAAAAGCAUGGUCACUCCGAUUGACUAUGUACUAUGUAUAGGACACUUCCUAGGAAAGGACGAGGACAUCUAUGUGUUUUUCGACCCUGAAUACCCUUCUGAACCAAAAGUGAAACCGGACGGUGCCUCGGUAUCCGUGGACAGGAGGCAGAACGGGCGGCCAUCCAACGGCCGGAGCAACUCGAGGAACUCGCAGGCGAGGACACAGAAGCCUCAGGUCGCGGCGCCGCCUCCGGAGAGGUCAUCGUCGUCGUCCGACCACAGCACCGCAAACAACAACAGCCACCAUGACUGGCGCGAAGGGUCCUCGGUGCUGGACCUCAACGGCGACAACUACUUCUCCUGCGCCGUCGGGAGGAAGCGCUCCAACGCCCGUUACCUGCUCAACUCGUCGGAGGACGUCGUCUCCUUCCUCAAGGAGAUGGCCGAGUCGACGACGCCUCGCGCCGGUGGCCUCCCGCCCGGCGCCGCCGCGGAUUACAUGUUCUUGGAUAGGCAGUAG